AAAGGGGGUACAGGCGGAGUCGUAGCAUAAGGCAGGUGAGCACGACUACAAACAGUUGGUGCCUCAUUUCUAUUUCCUCCUCAAACAAUUACAAAUCACAAUGGAUGCGUGUGCCAUCAAAUAAACUUACAACAAAUUUCCUAACACGUGUCACUUUCUUACAUGUCCUUUCUUCUUCUUUUAUCGUCUCCUCUCUCUCUCACUUUCACUCAACUGCUAGCUGCGUUAUGGAACCUUUGGACGAUUCAGAUGCGCAACUCGAACGAGUUGACUCUGAUCAGUUAACGUCCACAAGCUCUGGUUCAGGCAUUUCCUCCGUAUUCAGCACUGAAGAUUUCCGUAACUUCAACAGUUCCGGCGACAUUUCCUCUAUCAGUAGCGGUUCAGGUGAGAUUUCAACAUUCACGGUUAACCGUCUGAUUCUUGCACCUCCGUUGAUUUCUGUGUCCAGUGAAGGUGAUAACGUCACUGUCGCUCCGGAAGAAGUUGUUAUGAUGGCGGUGAGGGAGAAGUGCGUGGGAAGGAAUAACAAGGGAGUGAGUUGGGGACAUACUUCGGUGAUUGGAAGGCGGAAAGAGAUGGAGGACGCUAUCGCCGUUAUUCCGGGAUUUAUGUCUCGCACUUGCGAUCACGUUGGCGGUUGCACAGCUCCCGGUUCUAGAUCCUCCGGUGAGAUCACUCCUGUUCAUUUCUUCGGCGUUUACGACGGCCACGGUGGCUCUCAGGUUGCUAAAUUUUGUGCCAAGCGAAUGCACAGUGUUAUAGCAGAGGAGUGGGAGCGAGAAAUAGCAUAUGGCGCUGAAUGGCAGAGAAAGUGGGAAGCUGUAUUUGCUAAUGGCUUUGAGAGGACUGACAAGGAAAUCGAAUCAGAUGAAGUUGCACCAGAAAUGGUUGGAUCUACUGCCUCUGUGGUUGUUCUAUCUGGUUGCCAAAUUAUUACAUCAAACUGUGGCGACUCAAGGGCCAUUCUUUGCCGCAGGACUGAAACAGUCCCAUUGACUGUGGAUCAAAAGCCUGAUAGAGAGGAUGAACUCUUGAGAAUUGAAGGAGAAGGAGGAAAAGUCAUAAACUGGAAUGGAGCUAGGGUGUUUGGUGUUCUUGCAAUGUCCAGGGCCAUAGGUGAUCGAUACUUGAGACCAUGGAUUAUCCCGGUUCCAGAGAUUACUUUUACAACAAGAACUGAUGAGGAUGAGUGUUUAAUUUUGGCAAGUGAUGGACUUUGGGACGUAAUGACGAAUGAGGAGGUAGGAGAAGUGGCGCGCCACAUUCUAAGAAGGCGCCGCAGAUCUUUGUCAAUGGAGGAAAUAUCUCCAACACAAAUUGUUGCUGAUAGCCUCACUGAAAUUGCCUGUGGUAGAAAUAGUAAAGAUAACAUUUCAAUCAUAGUUGUUGAUUUGAAAACAAAGAGAAAACGUCUGCAAAGGCCUCCUUCAAUUUCCUAAGAAUACAAUCGAUUCUCUUCAAUAAUUUUCAACCCUUAGAAGGCAAUGAAAGUUCCUAGAGUUGAUCUACAUAUAAGCAGACCAAAUCCUUUGUCAUGAUGGUUCUCGGUUAUCACUUCAACAAAUUGUGUUUCCGCCUAACCUGCUGUACAGAGCUGACAUGGCUAAAAAAUCUGCUUCACAACAAGUUUCAACUAGCUAGACCUUGUUUGUUACGGUGAAAUUGUUGAUCAAUACUUCGUUUGUUGAAACUUUUAAAACUAUUACUAAUGGAAUGAAAUAUAAUGUUCUCAA